UCUGAUGACUGAAAACUUGCAAAGAUGUGUACUGUAUCAACAAGACAUAAACGCAGACAGCUCAUUUAGAACAUGGGUUUCUGAUUAAAACCCUCUGGAAGAACAUUAAAGAGGAAAGACAUUUGUUCACAGGCUUUUUUCCCCCCCCUCCCAGCACAAGCAGUCUAUGGAAGAACAAGACAUGGGGAAUGCAAAGUCAGACAAGAAAAGUUCUGCCAGUAAAGUCAUUAAAAUAGCCCUGGUCAUCUUCAUUUGCAUCACAGGAGUACUAGCACUUCUGCUGCUACUAGUAACUCAAGGACUUAUUCAUUUUCACAAGGAACGCUUUUGUUUAACUCCAGAAUGCAUUGAAGCUGCUGCUAGUAUACGGAACAAGAUUAACCUUUCUGUAGAUCCCUGUGACAAUUUUUUCCAGUAUGCCUGUGGUGGUUGGAUUGAACAUAACCCAAUUCCUGAUGACCAAUCAAAUUAUGGAAUCUACCCAUGGCUAAGGAAUAAUGUUGAUCUGAAAAUUAAAGCACUUCUUGAGAAACCCUUAAGCAAGAGGAGAGAUUCAGAGGCUACCCAAAAGGCAAAGAUAUUUUAUAUCUCCUGCAUGAAUGAAAGCCAAAUAGAAGAAGUUGAUGUCAGACCUUUGAUAAAACUAUUGAAACAGUCCUCCCUUCGCUGGCCAGUUCUCGAGUCUAACAUUGGAAGUGAAGGGAAGUGGUCCGAGCGAAAGUUCAACUUUCUACAGACGAUUGCAGAAUUACGGGCGCAGUACAGUACAUCAGUGUUCAUGCGUGCCUUGGUGGGGACAGAUGACAAAUUAUCAAAUAACUUCAUUAUAAAGUUUGAUCAAGCAUCCCUGUCGUUAUUAUCUCAUGAGGAUUAUCUUGACAACAGUACAACGGCAAAAAGAUAUAGAGAAUCCUUAUUCAGUUUCAUGGUUGAUGUAUCGGUUUUUCUUGGUGCCAACAAAACAAGGGCAGAAAUUGAUAUGAAAGCUUUGAUUGACCUGGAAACAAAACUUGCUCAGAUAACUGUUCCUCAUGAAAACAGGACAAGUGAAUCCAUGUACAAUAAAAUGAACAUCUCAGAAUUGAGCGCUAUGAUCCCACAGUUUGAUUGGUUAAGCUACUUGAAGAAAGUAAUUGACUUUAAAGUGCAUCCACAUCUUAAAGAUAUUGACUCAUCAGAAAAUGUGAUUGUUCGAGUACCAGAAUAUUUUAAAGAAUUGUUUAAGAUACUAGAAUCUGAAGACAAGAGGACUAUUGCCAACUACCUAAUAUGGAAAUUUGUGUAUUCAAGAAUUUCAAAUCUUGGUAGAAAGUUUCAGUAUAGACAACUAGAGUAUGCACGGGUUCUCUUGGGAACAAAUUCUUUGGCAGCUCGAUGGGACAGAUGUGUAAAUUAUAUUGAGAAUGCACUUCCGUAUGCUGUUGGGAAGAUGUUUGUAGAUGCCCACUUCCAAGAGGACAAGAAAUUGAUGAUGGAGGAAGUUAUUGAAGGUAUCCGUUGGUCAUUCAUUGACAUGUUGGAGAAAGAGAAUGAAUGGAUGGAUGAAGAAACCAAAGAAAAAGCCAGAGAAAAGGCAAAAUCAGUUAUGGCAAAGGUGGGAUAUCCCGAGUUCUUGAUGAAUGAGACAUACAUAAAUGAAGAGAUUAAAACACUGAAAUUUUCAGACUCAGACUAUUUUGGAAAUGUCCUGCAAACGUUGCACUUUCUAUCACAAGCUGAUUUUUACUGGCUAAGAAAAGAAGUUCCCAAAAAAGAGUGGUAUACUAGCCCAACUACUGUCAAUGCUUUUUACAGUGCAUCAACAAACCAGAUUAGAUUCCCAGCUGGAGAGCUUCAAAAACCUUUUUUUUGGGGCACAGAAUAUCCACGAUCCCUCAGCUAUGGAGCGAUUGGAGUAAUUGUGGGCCAUGAGUUCACACAUGGAUUUGACAGUAAUGGUCGCAAAUAUGACAAAGAUGGGAAUUUACAUCCAUGGUGGACCACAGAAUCUGAGGAGAGGUUCAAGGAGAGAACAAAAUGUAUUGUGGAACAGUACAAUGAUUAUUAUUGGAAACAAGCUGGCAUGAAUGUAAAAGGAACAAAAACUUUGGCAGAAAAUAUUGCAGAUAAUGGAGGAAUGAGAGAAUCAUUUCGGGCAUACAGAAAAUGGAUUCAGGAUAAAAGAGCUGGAAAAGAAGAACUGCUCCUUCCUGGCCUAGAUCUUAAUAAUAACCAACUCUUUUUCUUAAGCUAUGCUCAUGUGAGGUGUAAUACAUUUCGUCAUGAAGCAGCAAGAGAUCAGAUAAUAAAUGGUGUACAUAGUCCACCACAGUUUCGAGUAAUUGGUGCAAUGAGUAAUUUUGAAGAAUUUCGUAAAGUUUUCAGUUGUCCAGAAAACACAUUAAUGAACCGAGGAAAUAACUCAUGUAGAGUCUGGUAGACGGGGAAAUAUUUAAGAAAACAAUGUUUGAGCUGCUGUACAAACUGCUGUUUUUUUUUUCAUUUGAAAUUUUGGAACCAAAGAGGAUAAUCCACUUUAAUGAAUUUCUGCUAUCUGGAAAAAAAGCCAUCAUUAUCUUUGAACAUAUUUUCUUGUGCAUAUCUUACAUGCUGUUAACCAGGUCUUUAUAUGAUUAUGACUAUUGUAUUUUGUAGUGUGGAUUACAAAUUAUUUCUUUUAAAUUUAUACAGAAUUUAAGUUUCUGAAAUAUGCAAAUAAAGAGAAAAAAGCGUGCACUAUUAUAUAUUAGUGUAAUAAAAUAGUGAAAUUAAUGUAAAGGAAGAAAUCUUAUUUUUGAAGGGUGCAGUGUUGUACAUAACUGUAUAUUCUUGGUAAUACUUGCACUGAAAGCCAUUAAUGUAUUUAAAAUGUAUUUUAAAGUGUAAUUUCUGAAUGGUAUUUUAUAUUACCAGCCUGGAGAAACACAAUUUUAUUAAAUGAAAACUACAUUAAAGUACUUUUCUGAA